ACACACUUGUCACGUGGGUGACAGAAAGUUUCUGCUACUUCCUAUUUUUUCCAUAAUCCUUAUUUUCCGGCAACAUGUCUCAUCAAACUGGGAUAAAAGCCUCUGAUGAUUUGAAAGGUUUUCUUGGUACAGCCAAAAAUGAUGGACAUGUCCGAGUCAUAAAAAUAGGAAUAUCAAAUGAACAAUUGGUAUUGUGCAGUAGUGCUGAUGCGGUUGGUUCAUGGGAAGAAGACUAUGACAGUGUAGUCAAGCCCCUUGUGGAUGAAAACCCUUGUUACAUGUUCUAUAGACUCGACUCGAAGGAAGGAGGUCAUGCGUAUGAUUGGGUUCUGCUUCAUUAUGCUCCUGAUGACUGCAAGGUCAGGGAUAAAAUGUUGUAUGCAUCGACUAAAGCCACAAUGAAACAGGAAUUUGGGGGCGGUCUUAUAAAAGCUGAAGUGUUUGGAACAGAACCAAAAGACAUCCUAUUAGAAGGUUACAAGCGUCACAAACUUGCAGAGUCUGCUCCUCCCCCCAUGUCAAUGGCAGAACUAGAACUUGAAGAAAUAAAGAAAAAUGAGGAUAGAAGUGAAAUCCACACCAACACCAGACAGCAGACAUUAACUGGCCUCAUGUUUCCCAUGGAUGAUCAAGCUUUAGACAAAAUUGACGAGUUUGCUGCGAAAACUAUCACCUAUGUACAAUUUUCCAUUGACAUUCCUGGGGAGAUGAUCCGCUUGACUGAUGCUGAUGAUAUCGAUGCCAAGUCACUGCUGUCCAAGGUGCCAGAAGAUUGCGGCAGCUAUCACUUGUUUCGCUACAAACAUACACAUGAAGGAGACUAUACGGAAAGUCCAGUGUUUAUAUACAUCGUACCAGGUUAUUCCACAUCCAUUAAAGAGAGGAUGCUUUAUUCAAGCAUUAAAGGUCCACUUACACAGAGUAUUCAGGGUCUGAUUCAGGAGGACAUUGCCAAAAUUAUCGAGGUUGACACACCAUCCAGUGAACUGACGGAGGAAUGUUUGUAUGACCAAGUCCAUCCCAAGAAAACAAUUGUUCGACCAAAAUUUGCCAAACCGAAGGGCCCAGCAGGCCGAGCACCGAGGUCGAGAAGACCAGCACCAGAAGAAGAGAGCUGAAUGUUAUCAUGUGUAAUUAUUAUAUCUGCAAAAUAGACAAUUGUAUUUUUAUGACGUAGUGAUUAAUUUUCUUGCCUUGUGGAAAGUGGGCUUUAGUUUUGGUCGAGUACCGGUACAGAACUCUUGAACUGUUGGUAACCUACUCAUUUUCACUUCUAUAAAACCAGUGGACGAUUCAAGUUUUCCCCUACAAGUGUCGACUUGUAAAGGUGAACGAGAGUAUAUUGCAUAUGGGUACUUGGAUGUCCGUUUUCACGUUAGCCUCUUUCUGAGUCUUUCCAAGUUUUUGUGGAUCUUCUUGCUAUAAAUUUAGGUCAUUGUAUCAAAAUAAACUAAAACAUAUUUGAAAAUAGUUCCAAAUGUACUGUACUUUAUUGGGAACCUGAAGAUCUUGAUAUUCACUCCCAUCUGUUGUGGCUUCCUGUUGAUCCAUAAUUUGUGCGUUGGAUGUGAUUUGAUAAAAUGUUGUGUAAUUAUGUUAAAAAAAAGUUUUUUUGCCUUUCAAUUGAAUGGAGAAUUAGACUUCAGGUGCUCAGUGUUGUUCAGAUCUCACAUCUGCUGUCUGAAUUUCCAGAUGGCUUUUUUCCGUAAAUUUUUGACAGGUGUACUGCAUGAGAAAAGGGGAAAUCACUUCAAAGAGCCUAUACAGUAUGAAUGUAAUGAAAGAAUUUUUUGUAGUGGGUCUGAUCACAACAGUGUUAAAUGUGUAAAUAUUAGUAUAUGUAAUCGAAUUGAAUGAAAGUUGAUAGAGUGGCCUGUCUGUACUUAUGGCUCUUAAUCCCUUGUCCGUGGCCAAUUAUAUUCAUCUUCCGGGAAAGAACAUGUUAGAUUUACUCAGUCUGAAUUACCAGUCUUGCACGCUUCAGCAAUCAUAUGUGCUUAGGGCCUUCAAAAAGGAUGUUUAAAUGAUGUUCAGAUAAGAUUUUUGAAUAAUAAUGAUUAUAAACAUCUCUUGGGAAUCAGGGUGCUUGAUUUAUCCGAAUUUAGGAUGAAGUGAUGCUUAAUAGCUCCAUGAACCCAUCAACUCUUGUCAUGUUCCCAAUAUGGUUCUGUUGCAAAGUUCAGCCUUUUUUGACAUUUUAGCCAAUGAGAGUGCUUGUUAGGUGUAAGAGCUCUUUUGAUUGGGUAGAGGGAAUUUGUCCACCUCAUCCAGCCAAAAACCAUCGGUUUACUCCUGGAUAAGUUAUGUGUGCGAGGGGAGGAGCAUACAAAUGACCCUGAUUUUUAAAGUAUGCAUGAUAGAGAGAUGUUGCAUUAUGCAACGAUUUAUGACGUCGCAUCAUUUCGUGAUGUCGCUACGUGACUCUGGAACAUUGCAAUGGAACCUCUCCGUUGAGAGAAACUGGAUGGGAAUGUGAAUGGAAUUUGCGGAUCACACGCGUUAUGCCACAAUCAUUAUAUUUCAUAUGUGUGUAUUUUCUAUAACCGUGUCUUGUGCAACUGUUAAUUUUACACUUAAAAUAUAAUUCACAACAUGCAAUAGCUCAAAUUAUGAUAUGCCAAGUAAUCACUGUGGUGUGCCCAUCCGGCAUGUCCUUCUUUUAAAAACUGGUGUGUCACAACACUGGAGUUUAAUUGGAAUGAAAUUAGAAUUGUAAUCAUGUAUCGAUAUAUUGUAUUUUUCCAAUCUAAUCAGUGUAUUUUUUUAAGGUUGGAUAUAUCCUGUAAACAAAGUUCCAUGACUGCUUAGACUGUACACCUGGAAAUCUGGAAAUCUAAGCUGGCUGUAUGAAUUCACUGAUUUGGAACUCAACCUGCUACCCAUUGAAAUAAAUAUCUCGCAUAUUACAGUUUAAUAUUUCCAGAGGACAGCUGGACUCGUAACCAGCCAUUAAAAGCACUGAUAUAAAGCUUUUGUGUUGUAUUGACAAAUCAGGGAUUGAAUAGCCAUUUCGAAACACUGCUGUAUGAAGUAACUGUUUUGGGUUUUACAGAUGGCCUCUCCUCUAAUCAUAGUACAUCAUACUUAAAAUUGGUGCGAGCAGCUUUUGUAUUUGCUGAGACGUGCUAAGGACAAGCUGUUGAGAAAAUUCAUGUUUACAGUGAGGUUUUACAUGAUAUAUGUAUUUGAUGGAAAUGCUGUUCUUUGAUUCACUCCAUAGCAUCCAUUGCGGGUGUGUCACUAUUUGUAAUAUUGAUCAGCCACAUUGGUACAGCAUGUCGCUUGGAUACACUGCCCUCUUUGUCCACUAGUGGAUUUCCUGUAUCCGUUUGCCUGUAAGGUGUAUUAAGUAUGGAUGGAGGUGUAUAUCUGGUGCUAUACCAGCAUGUGGCUAUUCACAGUCCAUUUCGAAGGUGUUUUUCAGCUCAGGAGAUUUUUUUUAAUUCGAAAAAAGCUGGAGUUAUUCACACACCACUGGCUAUGGCUAUGCGUUUUCGUCACAUAAUUUCAAGAGUGGUUUUUCUGACAUUUACUUUGGUCAGUGUGAAAUAUGUGCUAGCCUUCUUAAACAUUUUAAAAGUCCAUAUUCUUUGCUGUAAAAGUAUGUGUCAAGCUGCUUAGUUUGAGAAAUUCUUUCUAGCUCCCCUGUACCAACAUAAAACUGAAUAAAUAAGUAAAAGACAAGAA